CUCUCGCCUCCCGGUGGCAUUCGCCUGCGAGCCGCUGCGCCGCGCGGUCGCCUUUCCACCGCACGUCUCACGCAACGCAUUUAACGCCGAUCGACGGACACGGCGUGUGUGCCAGCCGGUAUUCCAAAUAUACGCGCGUCUGUCAAGCACUGUCGCAACCCAUCCGCGAAAGGGUCGCAGCCGACGCGGUGUCGUCCGCACGCAUGAGCCGAGAAGAUCGCACCGCGGUCCUUCCUCUCUCUCUCGCGCGCCGGCGAUAAACACCGAGAAAGGAGAGGGCGAGGGUUUUCUCUCUGUUCCUCGUUCCUCUAUUCUUCUGAGGGGAAGAAACAAUUCGUACAUCAGCCGGCGGGCCGAGCGUCGUCGUCGUCGUCGUGCCGUUAUCGAGGGAAACCGGCGUGACGUUGGGAGGCGCGGAACGGUAUCCACUCACGCCUCUGCACGGUGAAAUUAGCGCGGAAAGUGCCUGCACGCUCCGUUUCGUCUCCUCGCGAAGACGGAAGAGAAACGGAGGGGGAGAGGAGGACGGGGAAGCGGAACACCUCGCGGCGAGCUCGCGCGGACCGUGCGCUUGAGAAGGACGAGGGACGCGAGGAAAGGAACUUUUGUGCCUCCGUUGUGGAUAAUCUGGAGUUUCGUCGGUCGUUCGUUUGGCCGUCGCGUCGCGGGGGCUCCUUUUUGACGCCGUGGUUUCUCGAGUGACGUCUGGACGACUCUACGCCCCCGGGAGUGUUAAUAAGUGUGCUGUGACAGCUGCAGAAACAACCUCCGCGGAGAAUGGAGCCGACGAGGAUCCUGCUGCUGAUCGUCCUUCUGGGAGCCGCCAGCUGUCAGAACGGCACUGUGAUCACGAGCGAGGUCCUUCAAGGUUACGACCCUCAGUUCAUGGUGGGCUGUUACUUUCCUGCGGAAUUCCAGGGCGAAUUCGUGACGCAGGUGAGCGGAAAGGGCAUGGCGAACGAGCCCAUUCAGUAUUCCACCAUUAACAUCACCUUCAACGCGAUACCGGUGUGGGGCUACUGCCACAAGAGGGUCGGCGAUAAUGUGCUGCUAAUGGACAGGUACGACGACAAAGAUUGUAUACGGUGUUUCCGGCUGCUGCGGAGAUCGCGGAACGUCAUUGAGGUGUUCUCGGAAGCUAUCAACAAGUGUUACAUAUACGAGUCGGCCGCCUUGGCCUCCUGUGGCGCCCUGAACUCCACUUCAAUCCUAUACCGAACGAAAGAAAUCGACGGUUCAGCGAUGCGGAAUGAAUACUGCCCCAUCACCGGUCUUUAUCACUUCAAAUACACCAUCAACAAUAAUUCCGCGAUCUCGUUGGAGUGCAACACGUUCUCCUCCGAGUUCAAUAAUUGUCCGGAUGGAUCGGUCUUACAUUUGAAAUUCAAACGAUGUAAUUUCGAGGCGCACGCAGAUCUCACGUACAAUUGUUUGGGCAGUUGGUCUGGACCAAAUGAUUCUAAAUAUUUUGCGCUCUGGGACAACAACGCCAAUGAUGGCAGGCCUCAAUAUAGAUGUGGGCUAUAUCAUACUGAUAACAAAAGAGGGAAAACUUACAUGGCAUUCAGCAGUGACUCGAGCUGCACGCAGAAUUUAGAUAAUUCAACUAAUGGAUACGAGACUUUGAUACUAAGCAAGAGUCUAAAUCAGAAAAAAGUACCGGAAUACGUCAAGACUCAUGUUGCCACAUUCCCGAAGUGGGCGCAGGGGGUGUGGGAGGAGUCCCUGAUAGUUAAUGGAACUAUGACUUUCACCGAUAUCAAUGGCUACAAUAGUUAUACCUUCAUCACGGUGGAGUCAAACGAGGAGACUGGCCGUUAUAUCGUGUACUCCAAAGAUCAAUGUGAGCAUGCUGGUUUUGUGUGCUUAAUGAUGAGGCAGCGCAGCGAAAAUGUACUGGAGUUUACGUUAGGGAGGAUCUUGAAAGCAGGUUAUCAGGACGAAUUGUGUGACGAUCCCAAUGUCGAUAGACCGGUGUGGAUGACUCAAGCACGUGUCGAACGUGUUGUGGAGUCGCCCUGUCCAAUUACGGGCCGAUACAUAGGAAUGAUAACGGAUCUGUCGGGGAUGUGUGCCGAAUUGAGCAGCAACUGUAACACUCGCGAAAUAAUGUAUUUUAAAGUGAGCGAUUGCGAAUCCGGGGAGCUGUACGAAGAACGGACAUAUCUAUGCUUGGGACAAUGGGAAGAGAAAGGCGUGAUGUAUACCUAUACUAUGAGAAAUGACACUGCUACGAAUGAGUGCUUCGUGGGCUUGAUCGUUAACGACGAGGAGAUAUAUAUCAAGGAAGCCGGCGACCAUUGCAUACGAAAUAUAGAUCCUAAAACGCAAGGGAUGCGUCUUUACAAAAAGGGACAAUGUUACGGGAAUUCACCGAGUCCUGCGCCAACUCCGAUGAGACCGACUCCUCACAAUCCAGUAAUGAGGAUUACGACCCCACGAUCAAGACUAUCGGGAAAUACUCGAGUACCAGGAAAUACAGUUUCUUCGUCAGCUCGCUGCAGAUCGACAACGUCCACGACUUUUAUGCUUCUCGUCGCUGUGAUCAUGGCGUUUCUCAAAGCAGCUUCCUCGUACACGCACGAAUAAUGAAACAGUUUUACAAACUUAAUAGUGAGCUAGCUAACGAAUGAUACCUUAGUGUACACAUUGCUGCAUUUUUGUUAUCCUUGUCUAACAGACAAUCGAGACGUAAGUAAGCCAGUUAUUUAUUGCGAAGAUCGACGUGAAAUGAUAUUGUAGGGACAUGUGUGUAUAUCGUAUUUUUUAUCUCGCGCAUCACUCCGCCCACACCGCGUUUUGCGAGAUUUUACUUUUUUUCGUAGAAUAAACAUAAAGUCAAAAACUUUGAUCUGCUCCAUCGUGCGAGCAUUGAUGAACGCGCACAGGGAUUUUUACAAAAAGAGAAAAUUUUAUGACAGAUAUUUUUUAUCAAUAUUUAAGACGUAGCGGUACAUAAAGUAUUUAGAGCUGUAAUUAUACCGUGAACUCUUCGCCGACGAUGAAGUUGUGAUUGAUCCCUAUUGCAAAUUAUUACUAUUUAUUUAACUGAUUCCAAUAGAAUGACAUAGGCCACAAGUUAGAUUGCAAUAAUCGUGUUUGGGCCCUGCCUUGUAAGAUACAGACAUUUCCCCAUUUUGUGAUUGUUCACAAAACAACCCAAAGAGCCGCUGUCUGCGUUAAACUUUUUUACGAAUUUUAUUAAUAAAUAAUUUUUUUACGAAACGAACACAUCACGGGAAUAUCGAAACGCGACAUAGAAAUAUAAAACGUAAUUUUUUAAUAAUUUUGUGAUAGUAAAUUUAAUUUACACUUUAAACACUGCACAGAUAAAAUUUUACAAUAUAUCAAAUUUUUUUUCUAAAUCAAACAAGAUUUAUCAGACGUCUCUUAUGCUAUUUAGAGUAGUCAAAACGGUAAUAUCUUUUCUAUGCUAAUAUAAAUAAAAUGUCUCUUAAUGUCCAUAGAGCAGAAACGCGCCAUAAUAAAAGAAAAUAGCUUGACGUAGAAAGAUGACAUAAAUUAUACAGUUGUAUAAGACUGACACAAAGCUACUAUUUUAAUAUGUAUGGUUCAAUUUCUAGUUUUCUUUCCCCUCCAUUAGAGAUAAAUGAUUCUACCAGAUGUACAUUCUUAUUCAAUACGAAGGGAAGUAUGUUUUCGCGAACAACACAUAUCAGUAAUAUAGAAAAAGGAAAUAAAAAAUUAAAUAAAACUCUGUGUAAAAGUGCUGAGAAAAUAUAGUAACGUGAGCGAAAGUGUUGCUUCUGCUUACAGAGAUAAAAUGUAUUUUAGCAUGUUUAUAUAUAACAAAGAGAAAACUCUCCCACGUGAAAGUAGAUAUUAAUAUUCAGACAACGUUUUAUGAAAACGUAAUAACAUAGGGUUAUUACGUUUUUAAUUAAAGAACCAGCUUGUACAAAAAAACAAUUUUAUAAAAAAAAUUACUUUUUAAUUGCAGCAUCGUUUAACACAGAUCAAAUUUAAUAUCACACAAAAAUUUAAUAUUUAUCACAAUCAUGUAAAAAAUUGAUAUGAAAUUGAUAUCUGUAUUAUGGUUCUAACUUGUUCUCGCAUUUAGACUAAUACGAAAAGUGGAAAUAAGUGUAUAUACAUGUGUAAACUCGUCAAUUAUUUAUUAGUGUAUAAUAUUGAUAGUGAAGCAAAUUUUA